AAAUUAAAAAGUUUGAACUUGCAAACAACAUCUCCGUGAAUGUGUACAGCAUCGAGAACAACAUUGUCCCGCUACGUCUUUCAGAGAAAAAAAGACAGACACGUCAAUUUGCUGUACGUGCAAGACGAAAACAGCGUUGGACAUUUCGCUUGGAUAAAGAAUUUAUCUCGACUUGUCAGUGCGCAACUGAGUAAAAAGAAAUGUAGAAGAUAUAUCUGUGAUCGAUGUUUACACUAUUUCAAUUCGGAAGACAAGUUGCAGACGCAUACUGUAGACUGUGGAAAAUUAAAUGACUGCGCUAUCCGAUUACCGAGCGAUAAGGACAAGUGGCUUAGCUUCAACAACUACAACAGAAAGGAGCGGCUUCCGUUUGUGGUGUACGCCGAUUUGGAAUGCGUUUUGAAAAAGAUGGAACAAGAAAAAACAUAUCAGCAUCAUCAAGUAUUUAGCCUAGCUUAUUAUGUACAUUGCUCGUACGACAAUUCAUUAUCUAUAUAUAAUUCCUGCCGUAGUGUCGAUUGCGUGGCGUGGUUUGCCGAAGAACUAAAAAAUUUAGCAAUACGUGUAAAAAAUAUUUUAAGUACAAACGUCCCCAUGGUAAAUUUAACAUCUGACGAGUGGGAAAAACUUCGCAGCGCAACGCAUUGUCAUAUAUGCGAAAAACUGUUUGAGCAAGACGAUGCACGCGUUCGCGAUCAUUGCCAUCUCACCGGAUGGUACAGAGGUCCCGCACACUUAAAUUGCAGUUUAAAUUAUAAAUAAUCUUUUUGUAUUCCGAUAGUUUUUCAUAAUCUGUCCGGUUACGACGCGCAUUUCAUUAUCGAGGACUAAGCCACAGCGUUCAAAGGGGGAAUCGAAUUACUUCCAAUAACGAAAGAAAAAUACAUUUCAUUCUCGAAAACUGUUAAAUUGACGCAAG